GUGGGUUUCAUGAGGAAAAUCUACUUCAUCGACGAUGGCGCGGAAAAGUGUGUCAGCUGCAGGAUCCACUGCGCAUGUCCUGUGAGUGCAGCUGCUGCCUUUGCUGGUGAAAUAUAUGUGCUUUCACCAAUGCCAAUUGUUUGACUUAGUCUUGGACUUGGAAUUCGCUAUAGCGGCCAGAACGCAGUCAGACGUUGCAGCGCGUGGUCGUGGAACGUGGCUAACAGGAGCAACACAACAACAACAAAGACAAUUUGAAAGAAAACCAACAACAACAGGAACAACAGCAAAAUAACUAGAACAACGAUUCAACAGCAGCCAGGCGAACGAGAAAAUUUGCGCCAGAGUUGACCAGAACUAUUCCAUGUGAAGCGGCAAUCUGAGCGGAGCAGCAGCAAUUUGAAAGACUCGAAGCAGAAUGGAUGAGGAGCACGACGACGAUCGAAUAAUAUGAGAUUAGAUGGGGCUUUAGAGCCCCGUCACGGUGCUGCAACGCUGCAGGGCCGCUUUAUUGGCGUUGCCAAGUAUCGGCGCGAGACGCGUGUAAAAUGUGAGCAACAGCAACAACAAUGCGCUGAUGAAGACGACGAAGCAGCAGCAGCAGACGCCAACAACAGCAACAACAACAGCAACAAUUGCCGCUGGGAAGUGUCAGAGCAACAAGCUCGACACUUGUCGCCCAGCCAGGCGCCAAGCGUAAUAACAACAACAACAACAACUAAAGCAACAAUACAAACAACAAGCAAAGCAAACUUGCACUUAAGCAUUAAGGGCACCAAAACAACAACAACAACAACUUGUCGUGCCACUGCCGCAACCCUAAAAAUGCGUGAGGAGCAAUCGUUAAUGCUAAUGGACCGACGGACCGAGGUCGGUGGCAUGAACAACAGCAACAUGGGGCGCCUCCACACAUACGUCCUGUGCCUGAUUGCCGUUGUCGCACUGCUGCCGCCAUUGGCGCUGGCCGAUGACGGUGACAAUUUCUUUGCCGUUAAUAGCUUCAGCGUGGGACCGGAGACGACAACACCCGAGUUCGAUUAUGCCAGCCGUGGGCAGAAGAAGUUUGGUGACAAGUGCGAGAAUACGUUGGAGUGCGGCUUUCCCGGUUCCAUGUGUGAUCCCAAGAAGAAGUCCUGCCAGUGCACCGAGGAUCUGCAUGUCACCAAUCACUUUGAUAAGUGUGGAAAGCCGGCCGCCAUCAACGAGUCCUGUUUCUUCAACGAACAAUGCGAAGCGAUUUACUUUCAGACGGAAUGCCGAGACGGACGUUGUAUUUGCCGGUUCGACAUGGUGCCCAUCUGGGGCAAGGAUGGAUCCGUCGAUUGUCAAGGGCGCUCGGAUAAGCGAGUACCAGAGAGAUACAUUGAUCCUGCCAUGAUUGGCGUGCUGGUAGGAAUGGCAUUGAUGUUUAUUAUUAUUUGUGUCGUCCUGCGAUUGUUUAGCCAGGCACGCUGGCAUGAUAAUCGUACAAUAUUCAACACGCCCAAUCCUCGCCUGAUGAACGUCUCCCUGUUGCGCGACAGCAAGCUCCUCCAUGGCCAGGAGCGACGUGGCUCCCGGAUGUCCAUGCGUGCUCCCUCCCGGCAACCGAGCAUGGCCUCGCUGCGACCCCAUUCACCGAAUCCGUCGCUAGGUAAGACAGGCUCUCCGACGGACUCUCGUGCCAGUGCCACCUCGGUACGCUCGAAUCGCAACAACUCCGUGGCACCGGUCAAGGUCACCAGUGGGGGUCACCACGAGCGCCAUGGCUCCGCUCAUCGCCAGCACCACUCGCAUGUCCAGCAGCAAAAGACAUCGCCGCAGGAGGAGGCGCUCAUUACGAACAUAACAACAAAUCCCGUUGCCGAGAGCGUAACCGUUGAAAUUAUCGAGCCGGCAAAUAAGUGAUGAAAUAAAUAAUAAUUUAUACAAAAAUAAUAACAACAACAGCAACAUCUAAAUGAAAAUGAUAAAUGAUAAAACACUCAAAACGAGUCAACAAAUCGUCGAUAUCGUCGUUUAAUAUGCACGCGAUAAUAAGGCUCCCCAUUCUAAUGGGGACCAAUGCCAUUGUUAGACCCUUUUUUAAAGACAUUUUUUGCAAUUAAUGAUUAAUAUUGUUGAAACAGUUUAAAGCGUAUUAGAAACUUUUUGCAGAAACACACACGACAACAAUGCUAAUUAAUUAUAUAUUAAAAUAUAUAUAGAUACACAUUUAUAGAGAGCAAUCAAUGUAUAUAUUGAUCGAAUAUAUAUGCAACUACACCGUAAAAAAAUGUUGGAAAAAAAACCUUGCAUAACAAAUUCAUACUACUCUUUUUUUUCAAACCAAAAAAAAUAACAAAAAAACCAGUAAAAUAACAAUAAUAACAAACAAAAAUGAUUAUUUAAAAUUUACAAAUUUAUAUAAAUAUUGUACGCAAAUAGAAAGCUUUACAAAAUACCGCAACCUACGAUCCCUCGUCUAGGCACCCAAGUAAAUAGUUCGUAGACCUGAAAAGAAAAAUAAGAUAAAAAUGAAAAUGAACCAAAGUGUUAUGCAUGAAUAAAAGUAGAAAAUUCAGUUUUUGGUAAUACUUAAGGGAGAGCGAUAAUCAUUGCCAAAAGAACAAUUAGGACACAUAGCUAAAAAAAAACAAAACUAAACAAAAAAAAAAAAAGCAAAAAGCUGAUUAUGUACAAUGUACAUACGCACAACGCCUUAUCUUAUCUACUAACUUACAAACAUAUACCAGGAAGCAGCUCCCAAUGUGGAAACGAUGCAGUUAUGCUAACGAAUAUCUAUAGAAAGCGCGAGUUCCGGCCACGCCUACAAAUAUGCUGCUGUAGUCCCCAUAUGGAUAUUAUUCUUAUAGCCAAUCAACACAGUAAUGCAAUUGCAAAUGCAAGAAAUAUUAUGAACCUCGGGACCAUAUUUUAUAAUCAAAAUAUGCGUUUCAAAAAUGUAAACGAAUCACGCACGUUUAGUUCCCACUAACAUUUUUCAAGUGUACUCGUAUAAAUAAUAACCAAUACCAAUAACAAUACCAUUACUUUUAACUACAUAUUGUUAAAUGCUGGCUGAACUUAAGUUUAGGGAACACUAAAAAUCAGGCUAGCACAAUGCACACAAGUGCCGUAGUAUGAGUAGUUAGUUACUAUCUAACUACUUCCAUAAUAUACGAGUAGCUUCUAAUGAUCUAAAUUGACUUCCAACCACAUACAAAUCUUCAGUUCAUAUUGUGCUAAAUUUAUGUUUCAAAUAAAUACAUACCUUAUUUUUUGGGAACCUUUUGAAUUGGUCAACUGUGUCGUAGUUUAGCACUGGGCGAGCCAAUAAUAGGGGAAGAUUCUUAGUGCGUCCAGUGCUGAGACAACAUGAUUUGGCCAAUACAAAGGCAUUCUAUUUAGUUUCUUACUUAAAUUCAUAGUACUUAAAACAUAUUGAGUAUAAUAAGAAUUUUGAUUUUCAGCAAGCCCCAGAACAAAACUCUCAUUUGCUUUUGUGCUCAAUCAAAGAAGCUUAACUGUGAGAAUAACAAAGUGAAUACAAACGUGUUUAUAAAAACCUUAAAUACUAAUUACAAAAAAAAAACAAACGAAAACCUAAAGAGAUAUGCCUAAAAUGGCGAGUACAAUUUAGUAGAGCGAGGGUAUAUCGCAUUAAUUUAAACUUAAAAACUAAAGUCAAAAACAAGUUAUAACUAAAAAAAGAAAAAUAAACAGUAUAAGUAUAAAUUUUAUUACAAAUACAAGAAAAUAAUUAAUAAAAUGCUUGAUAAAUAUAACUACUUGGCUAAAUAAAAGUAAUUAUAAUUACAAGCAUAAUUUUAUCCAAAUUGCAUCGAAUAUUUCUUAAACAGCAUACAAACAAUCUUAUUUCUAGGACAUCAAAUAUAUACAUAUAUACGUAUUUACAUUCCAAUGCACAACAAAAGGAAGAAUACAAAAAAAAUAUAUAUAAAAACAAAUUAAGAAAACAAAAUUUAUUUGUAAAAAACGACUUAAGCAUUGAAAUUUGGGGAAGGAUUUCAAAGUUUAACUUUGUUUUUUGUGACAACACGUAGACUUAAGCACAUAAAAAGCUAAAAUUAAAUUAAAUAGAUACUAUAUACAAUAUAUAUAUGUAAACAUAUUUAAGAUUUAUCAACAUUCUCCAAACACUGAUUUUUCUAUUUACAUCAAAAUACAACAAUUAACAAAAUUGUUGAAGGCAGACUAAUAUUAAGCGACUUUUAAUUAAGCAGAAAUCAUAAAAAACAAACAUAUAUUAAAAAAAAUUAUAUACAUCAAUAUAUGCUUUAUUUACUUUAAUAUUUAUAUACACAUUACAACAUACAAAGUAACUAAUGAUUAUAUACACUUGUAUGAAAAUCUAGUGAAAAUCUAUGCGAUAAAUUCAUUUACACUCUACCAAACCAAUUUUAUACAUAUACCAAGCAAAAUUUCAAAAGUCUAAUAUAUAAAAUCUAUAUAAAACUAGUUGAUGACAUUUCGCAAAAUUAAAAACAAAAAAUAAAAUUAGCAACUAACUAUUUAAGCAUCGACGAAAGGCAUUAAUUUAAAGAUUUCUCAUGUGACUCAUUUAACUACUUCAACUAGCAACCACAAUUAACAACUAGAAGUUGGACGUAGUUAAAGUUAAGCCAGAUAGUAGCCAGGAUUACUUAUAAAGCGAAAGUUAACCAUUAAGGUAAAUAUAUUGCAUUCAACAAAAACAAAA